UUCGCCUCCUCCAUUCUCUCGUGAACUCUUUUAUCCGAGUCCAAAGCGUUUGUUCCGAGUCCAAAGCGUUUGUGGUUUCGUUCUCCAUUCCCCAUUUCCACGACCUUUCCUCUCUCUCUCUCUCUCUCUCUCUCUCUCUCUCUCGCAAGUUUCGAGCUCGAUCCCGAUCCGCGCGUGGACGUCGCUUUUUGGGCUCUUUCGAUUGGCGUAGGGCGAAGAGAUCUCAGUUCACUGGAGGUGGGGAAUUGAAGCUUUUGUGGUUACAGAUUCGCAACACUAUGCGGUGGUUGAGCCUCUCCGUUGAUGUACUUCGAAAAGGGAUCUCCUUGAAUUUGUAUUGUAGGGUUAUUCUAUAACUCUACUUUUUCUCCUCCCCCACUUUUGUGCCUUUUUCACUGCUCACUCUCUCUCUUCUUCUUCUUCUUCUUCUUCUUCUUCCUCUAAAUCUCUGGUAACGACACACUUUUCCCUUUAGAUUCCUUCUAUUUGAGGUAAUAAAAGGAAAAAAAGAGGAAUUUUUAGGUUUGGUGAUCCUCGCAUCUCUCAUAAGCAUUUCACCUGACCUCCUCUUCUUCAAAGAUCCCUUUUUUUGGUACUCUGUGGAGUGGUUUCGAUCUAUAGAGGGCUAGAGUAGUAAUGGUGUGCCAAGCAGCAACGCAGACGAGAUUCCGAGCGUUGAAACACGAGAAUGGGAUCGCCGGUAGCGCCACCAUAAUCGUCAGGAUCAUCGCUUGUUUCCAACCUUUGCAGGAUUGCCAGGCCGAGUACUUCCGCCACCUCCUGAAGCCCGUCACGUAGAUUAGCUUCUCUCUGCCGCUCAAUCGAAUAAAGGUGGAAUUUUUACAGUUUGUUGGAGAAAUUCUUGUGGAAGAACAUUUGUUCUGUGGUCAAUUUCAUCUGGUAAAUUGUUUUGGCGGUUUCGAUUUGAAACGUGUGUAUGGGCAAGGAUCACGACCCUUGGCACCAAGUACCCCAUUCUUCUCCAUGGGGAUUCGGUACUUUGAACUGCGGUAAUAAUCUCGGCCCGCCCACUAUCGCACAAGAGAACACCAAUUCUAUGGGUUUUCCGGCGUAUGUUGACCCUUCUGGGGCCGCCACUUUCUCCGUUAAUGGAGCUGUACCCUUUCCCCUGUAUCACAAUCCGAUGAUUGCGGCAUUUGGGCUCCAAGAAAUCACCUCUUCUCAGAGGAAGUUUACGGCUUUUGAUCAGUCCAGGAAUCAAACAAGCCUGAUCUAUACUUCUGUGGCUGCACCUUUGAUUACUUCGCAGGGCGCGGCGAACCCAUUAUACAUGGAUUUGCAGGGGAGUAAUGAAACGAAUGUUACCGACGGAAAUGGUGUUGAGGAGAUGCACGAGGACACGGAGGAGAUUGAUGCGCUCCUCUAUUCGGAUUCUGAAGACUAUGUUGACGAAGAGGAAGCAAAAGAAGAAGAAGAAGAAGCUAGCACGGGGCACUUCCCCGUUAUCAUAUCCAAGGAAAGGAGCAUAGAGGAGGUCGCAAGCUCAAAAACUCUACCGACAAAGAAACGAAGGCUUGAUUCGGAGCUCGACGCAUCACUUGUCGACACUGCGAGCUCUGCGAGAGUUUUCUACAGCAAGGAUGACGGUGAUGUAGAGUCAAGUUGUGUGGGAGCAGGCAACAAGAGAGAAGAAGCAGGUGAUAAGAGGGAGAAAGAAGAAGAAGAAGAAGAAAAAGAGAUAUCUAAUGAACCCAGUUACUACCCGAAUAAGCGAAUUAAGAGGGAGAGGAUACGGGAGACUGUAGGGUUAUUGCGAAGGAUCAUACCGGGCGGUAAGGGUAAAGACGCAGCCACCAUUCUCGACGAAGCCAUAAGCUAUUUAAAAUCUCUCAAGCUGAAAACUAUGGCUUUCGGAGCUGCUUCUGCUUCUACAAGCGCACUGUAGCCUCCACUAUCACCAUUCACCACUACUCCUUACCCUAAUAUUAUUAUAAGCUCUACUGAUUAUUAUUAAAAUGUAGAAUAAGUGGCAAGUGUACAAGGCUUUAGGAGUGGGAUUUAGCAAUAGUAGCAGUGGUUAACAGUGUGCCUGUGUGCGCGCAAGUGGGAAGGGCCCUUUUUUGGCCCAGUACAAUGAGCCGGGGCCUAGAGAAAAGCGAAGAGCCAAUGGGAUUGCUCCACGCGUCUCCAAUGAUUGAAUUUGGGAAUCAACUACUCUUGUGUGGGCAUAUGUCUUUGGUGGAUUGUGGAGGUCGGCGGACACGCCAUCGUCAGUACUGGAUAAGUUAAUCUGUGCGUGAUACAUCAGUAUACAAACGUAUUAGUAGUAACUUUUAAAAAAUUUCAUCUUUAUUCGUGGCGGUUGGAAGAGAAAGCGGGGGUUUAUGAUGACCCAAUAAAGGAGAAAGAUAUAGGAGCUUGUAUCACAAGAGAUAGUUCACUCUCCUCCUUUGUUGAUGCAAAGUAGAGAGAGAGAGAGAAAGAAAGAGAGGGGCAGUGACUUUUGACCCAAAGCGAAAUGGACUCGUGCGAAGGCGCGCACGCUAGGCGCGUCUGAGGUCCAAAGGAGGGGAGAGUGAUGGCUCUCUUUUAUGCACUGUAUAUGUAUAAUAUGAUGGGGUAAGUAGCUUUUUAAGUAGCUUUACUUGAGGGGGGAGAGAUCUCACUACUACUACGUAUUCCUUUUUCAUGAUUUCGAUGGGGGCUUAUCUGAGGAUCUUCCUUUAUUUCUUUUUCAUAUGAUAUCGGAGUGGGUGCGUGGAUGUGUUGUUAUUCCUUUCUGGUUAUCGAAGGUAAAAAAGAAAAAAAUUUAGCAGUGUUACGUAAGAGUGUUAGUUCACACUCUAAUAUACCUCUAUUAUUUGCCUUUGCAUGGGGUCAUGGAUAUGAUAUGUCCCUCUCUCAUAGAGGUGGGUGUUUGGAUGCAUGUGUUGGCACGUGGGGACGAGUGGAAAGCAGCGAUUGUAUAACUUCUUUUGUAAGUGAUAGUGAUUUUGUGUGUGAUUAUUUCUCUAUAUAAUGGAUAGGCCAUUUUAAAGCAGCAA